GAAACGUGUUAACAUUGAGGAUUAGAAAGAUGUGUGACUCGAAAAAGAUCAGAGAUGCCGUUUUCAAAAAGAAGUUACUUCGGCGUCUGUAUGGGGACCUUGAAGAAACUGAAACAACAAAGCAGGACCAAGAUAACUUAGAACCUGAAACUGAUACUGACAGGACAAGUCUCGCUGCUAAGUAUACCUGUCAGGUCAGACCAAAGAAAAAAGUUUACAGUGUGAUUCCUAGACCCCCUGGUAUUCUUCCAGAAAAAGGUUCUCCGCUGGAAGAAGGGCCAGAGUUUGUUAGAGAGGAAGAGGACGAGGAAAGCGGAUCCGAGUUGGAAGAAGAAGUAAAAAAAAGAAGGCGGCGAAAAAGAAAACAAAGAAGUGCUGACCAACCAGAAGGACAGAACCAGAAGACAGAAAGGAUUACUGGAGGAGCAGCAAAUAUAAUACUCACAAAAAAUCAAAAGAGGAAACUGAAGAAAAAGAAAAGGAAAGAAAGAGAGAAAGUAAAGGAUGCAGGUGAAAGCAACAAGGAAUUUACAUUUUCUGUCAAUACUAGUGUGGACAUCGAAGUGCAACACAACAAGAGUCGGAGAGAAGAGCUACAUGAGAGACUACCGAAGCUGGUGGAGUUUAUCAGGGCUGUGUGGGAGGUGUAUGAUCAAGAUGUAGCAGUGAAAGACACUGAAACUCGCUUCUGUGAAGAAAACUUGGACACAUUGUUAAAUCAGGUGACCUCCAUAUCUGAUACAGAGGAGGAUGCAAUGCUGGACGAAUUUAACAAUCUGUGGCAUUUAAAAACUCUCCUUGUGCUUGCUGACAAUUCUAGAGCUAAAGAAAAGAUCAAACAUUUAGAAAACAUCACUACGCUAGCAAUUGACAACGAAUCUAAAGAUUUACUGUGCACUUUAAUGAGAUACUGGAUGACGGACAUUGCAAAUCAGAGGUGAUGUCUGAUGACAGCAGAAGAGUGUAUUUGGAAAUUUGCAAGCACUGUCUAGGAAUGGUGUGUCCAAUUUGCUACUGAUCACAAAUUGAUUUUUGCAUGAUAGAACUCAAAUCGACAAUAUUUUCAUCAAAGUUGGUAAUUGAACAAGCAAUACCUGUAUAACAUUCAUGUAAACUUAAGAGCUGAAAGUCAUGAACUAAUCAGUCAUCCACCAAAGGUAUAUACCCCGUAUAUAUGAUGAGCCAAGCGAAGCUAAGGUCCAUAGGCCUUAGUUUUAUGGGUGAACCAAACACUUGACAUACUAUGCAUCAUUUGGUAUAUUAGUGUAGUGAAAUAAAAAGAAUGCCAUGGUUUGUCAGUAAUAUGUAUACAGAGUUAAGGUGUGGGUUCAAUAGACUCAUAUUUUUUUACUUUAGAGUUACUGCCCCUAAGAGACAUGUGGAACUGCUGACAACUCUCAUGUGAGAAAUGUGUGGUUUGUUAUUAAGGUGAGGAGUACUAGUCUGAUCCAAUAGCGUCCCCUCCAUAAUAAGAAAUCCACUGUGCAGCCAUUGGCUGGUGUCUACGCUAUGACAGGCAAUCCACUGGAGAUUGAUAAGGGAUGUAUUUGUUUCCAUUUCUUGGGAGGAUCCUCUUGACCUCUAAAUUUUCCUAUGACAGGAAUUCUUAUGGAGAUAGAUGGGUGUGUGCCCGUUCACACAUUUUGGGAGGAUGAUCAGAUCUUGCAAACCUCUCAUUCUCAGAGUGUUCUCUUGUCCUCCAAUCCUUUUUGAGGAUUUACCUUAUUCCUGUAGAUUCCCAAGACAUGGUAAGUGGUGGGUGGUAUGGAAAAAAGAGAGUUAAGAGAAAGAUCUGUCUGGCAGUAUAUGUGCAUUAUGUAAAACUAUGUGUCUGAUGUUGUGACUGGUCACAUAUAUAACCUGAUGUGUUUUGUUAAUAUAGACUUGCACAAAAGUUGAGAGUCUGCUCCAGGAUAAGGGUAAGGACACAAUGCUUUAGGAGAAAUAAAUCAACAGGUCAUUUGGUGCAUUCUUUUGUAACAGUAUGCAUGUGGGAACUUGAUAUGGGAUUUCAUAAAAUGAUUGAAAUUUGUCUGCUGUUGUUGUUCAUCAGUCAUUUGGAAAAGCUAGUUUACAAGGUUCAUUAUUAUUUGAUGUGAAGACAUACUUACUACUUUACUACCGGAAAUGGGACAAUGUUCAUCA